GUUUAACAAGUAGGGAGCACUGUGUUCUCGAGCUCAUCUGAUCACGGAUCCUUUCGUUGAAGACCCGAGUCCAGGCGCCCGAGAAACAAAAAUGGCACGCACACAACCCUACCCACACGGAAAGAAAUACCAGUAAAUGAAUCCAUAAUCUUCAAUUGAAUGCCAAACCACUCAGUUAGACGGGGCUUAUGCUGCAGAUGAUGAACUUUGAUAAGAAAAUCCAAAAUACAUGGGAUUGUAAUGCCUCGGGGUUGUUCUUGUGUUAAGGGAAUGAUUAAAAUUACUUGAAUUUUGAUCUAAUUGUUUGUUUUUUAAGCAGAAAAUCCACAAAAAUCCAGUUAUUGGAUUUAUAAACCCGUAGUAUUAGACUGUACACGUAUAUGUAUAUGCGUGUGUUGUAUUUCUUUUGCUUCCAUUUUUUUUCCUCCGCUGUAACCAAAUGUAGGGAUGGGAAUGCAAACUGUGACGUGGAACUUAUUCUAUUUGUUUUUUAUUUUUCAAUAAACUGUUCAAAACCCGUAAUUGUGUCAUAUAUACCGUGGACAAUGUUAGAUGAUGAUUUAGCCUGUUUAUUAAAAAUAAUGUUCAACCAUAUUAUUUUGCAUGAAUGUUUCAUUCCUUUAUUUCAAUCUUUACAAUUUACUAAUUAGCCAUCCAUUCAGUGCUCUCGUUUCUCAAACAUAUCCUUUCCCCUUGGAUCUUUACAGAACAUAUCAACUGUUGUAUUUUCCUUAUGUAUGCUUAUUCUUGCAGUAUUGGUGCCAUUUUUAGCUGCCAGGUAUUAUGGAUUCAAACUUUCAGUCUCCAUUUCCAGACGAUGGUGAUGCAAAAACAACAUUUCGCAAGCCAUCUACAGAUGCAGCAAACGGGAAGUAUUGGCGACAUACUGGGUCAUCUUCAUCUGAUGAAAUUCUUAAGCGGGACCCAAGCUGUAGCCCAAAUAUCUCAAGGGAUGACCCUGUGAAAGUCUCUGAACCUCAACCAAGAAGGAAGGAUGAUGGUAGGGAAUUAGAAAGGAAUUCUAGGAGAAGCUACAGUAGAAGUGGCGAAUCUUAUAGACACUCUGAUAGACAGUCCUCUAGGGGUUCCCAUGGCUACUCUAGGCAUGAUGACUACGUACAUGCCAACUAUGCAAAUGAAGAAGAGAGAAACCAUAAAAGGUUAUCCUCCCAUUCUGGUCAAGAGGCAAAGGAUGGCUACUAUUCUGAGCAUACAGUAAAAGAAAGCGAGCAGAGUAGGUUGAGAGAUUAUUCAAGAAAGUUGGACAAAUAUUCCCGAGAUAAAUAUGAUGGGCAUAGGAGCGAUGAUAAGGAUAGAGAAGCCUCAUCCCUAGUACACCAGAAAUAUAGAGAGGAUUCAUCAUCUGAUAGAGCUGGAUCUGGUAGGAGACAUUCUCCUUCUGAAGAGGUUGAGAGGGGUAGGUACAUGAGGAGGAGUGAUGGUCGAGAUGAGAAGUGGGAUUAUUAUAGAAGUUCAGGAGAUUACAGAGGUGGCAGACUUUCCUAUGAAGAGACCUGGGCGCAUCGAAAUGGCUCGACUUCAGGAGGGAAUAGUGGUAACCAUCAUCUGAAAGAUGCUUAUAAGAGUGACCCAAUGGAUUUGGUUGGUCAGAGGCUUUCUAAAGAAGAAAAGAAGAAAAAUGUUGACCGAGAAACUAAGAGAUAUAAGGGUCAGUGCAUUAGAGAAUCAAUAGAGCUUGUUGAAGAUAAGUUUGCUUCUGUGACUGAAAAGCAAGAAUUUCCAGCAAAAAAACCAAAGCUGCAUAGUCUAGAUGAGGACGUGGAAUACGGGAAAGAUGUCAAACCAGUUUCAAAGUUUUCCUCUGUAGCUGAGGAUGCAAAAGUGACUCCUGGGCAGGGCCAGGCCAGUGACUCCAAUACUGCUAAUGAUCUAAACACUGCAAAAGUUGCUGCAAUGAAAGCUGCUGAAUUAGUGAAUAGGAAUCUGGUUGGAGUUGGAACUUGCAUGACUACUGACCAAAAGAAGAAGCUGCUGUGGGGAAACAAAAAGAAUACAACUGCUGAAGAGUCUGGGCGCCAUUGGGAUACAGCACUAUUUUCUGAUCGUGAAAGACAAGAAAAGUUCAACAAACUCAUGGGUGUGAAGGGCGACUUGACGUUGGAGCAAAAACCCGACAACCAGGAUGGGGGAGACCUUCAAGCCGAGAAGCAGAAAGAACUCCAGCUGGAUUUAGAAAAGCAAUACACUGCUGGACUCCGACGAAGGGACGGUCGUACCGUUGGAUUAGGUCUUUAAGCUUUAGCUAUGGAUCUUUCUGCACUCGAAUAUGGUGCAGUCCUACAAUGCUUUGCAUCAUUUCAUUGUACAAUUGCAGAAGAGUUAUGUUACUUGUAAUUCUAUACUUAUGGGAGGAUAUGCAUUGUUGGGAUUUUUCAGAUCUUGGCAAAAGAAUGGUCUUAUAUGACAUUUCCAACCUUGAUACA